AUGGACACGUUCCAGUCUCCGACCCCCUCAUCCCACCGGGACAAAGCUGAUGCCGGCCUCGUGUCCGUGACCAUCCCGGCCUCUCCCUUCAUGCAGAAGUUGGGAUUCGGCACCGGAGUCAGCGUGUACCUCAUGAAAAGGUCUCCACGGGGAUUGUCCCACUCUCCGUGGGCCGUGAAGAAAAUCAAUUCUGGCUGCAACCAGAGACAGCGGAGCCUCUUCCAGCGGAGACUCCGGGAGGAGGCCGAGAAACUCCGGAAUCUGCAGCACCCCAACAUCGUCGGGUACCGGGCCCUGACGAAGGCUCCUGACGGGAGCCUGUGCCUGGCCAUGGAAUUCGGGGGGGAGAAAUCCCUGAACGACCUGAUCGAGGAGCGCCGGGAGCAGGGAUUGGGGCCAUUCCCGGCCCCCACCAUCCUGCACGUGGCCCUGAGCAUGGCCAGGGGCCUCCAGUACCUGCACACGGAGCAGCGGCUGCUCCACGGCGACAUCAAAUCCCCCAACGUGGUCGUGCGCGGCGCCUUCGACUGCGUCAAGAUCUGCGACGUGGGCGUGUCCCUGCCCCUGGACGAGAACCUGGCAGUGAGCGAUCCCGAGCUGUGCUACGUGGGCACGGAGCCCUGGAAGCCUCCGGAGGCGCUGCAGCCGGGCGGGAUCAUCUCGGACCGCUCCGACAUCUUUGCCUUCGGCCUCACCCUCUGGGAGAUGCUGGCUCUGAGCGUCCCGCACCUGCCCCUGCCCGAGAGCGGCUCCGAAGAGGAUUCCUUUUCCGAGGAUUCCUUCGACGAGGACGCGUACCUGGCGGCGCUGGGCACGCGCCCGGCUCUGCCCCCGGAGGCGCUGGAUCCGUCCCUGUGCUCCGUGCGGGAAUUGUUCGGAGCCUGCACGGCCCCGGAGCCGCGGCAGCGCCCGGCGGCCGCGCGCAUCGUGCAGGCGCUGCAGGGGAGCCAGGAGCCCUGA